UUUUCAACCACGACAAGUGCGAUCAGCCGAUAUGGUCAAGGAGAUGAAAACGGAAGAAAUAUCGCCAGGGGAAUAAUGCAGUCAAAUUUUCCGAAUGAUGAAAAUCAUUGGUCUUUGGCAGUUUUACGAGAGGUACUUUUGGUCCUGGCACGUGGUAUCCGUCGAAGACGAUUCGAAAGAAGACGAACGCAAUUCUCGUUAGAAGGAGAGCAACACGCAACAACUACAGACGACUCCACUACUCGACGUCAUCUUCACGAGUUGCCCCAGCUGUUUGAGAAACAGAAGAUGGAUUCAUUUUUCAUGGGAUUUCGUGUCGUGGAUCUGGUCUCCAGUAACCUCAACGACGAUGUCGUGGCCAAUGACGAUGAAGACGAUCUGAUCAAGGGCUUUCACGCAAGUUACGAGCAUUCAAUAAGAAAGUGUGACGCUACUACUUCAUCUGGUUCUGCGAGGAGUAGAAGUCGUGCUCGUGGUGAACACGGUGAAAAGGACGAUGUUGCGCUAGACCGAGCAAGAAAGACGAAUGAAAGCACGACGAAAGUAGAGGUCACUGCGGCUGCCAGAGGUCAACAUGACCACAGAGGAGAAGAAUCCGACAAUGGAAAAAUCAAAAAUACCAAGGAGAACAAUAGCGCACGGCCAAACACUGCGGCUCUUGAUACAAGAACGGCAAGCAAAGAUGAAGCUAGUCUCCUCGCGCCUCCCUCGGCUCCUGCACCACUGACCCGCGAAUCGCAGAUCUUGUUUACGAAGGAACGCAUCGCUGCUGAGAAGGCCCUGCUCGCUUUGAGGCAUUAUGCUGAUAACGAAACCCACUUUUUUCUCAGCCAAGCUGCGAUCGCAUCGAGUAUGGAAAUUUUGUCUACGUCUGCGAAGGUAAUGCUGCCUUGCGUGCACAAGCUUUGGCAAGCUUUGCUGCCGUGUUUUGCAAACAAGCGGGCAUUCGUUUUUUGCGCUGCGUGCAAUCUGUUGCGCGUGGUUCUUCAGCGCAGCGGCAGUUUUCUCGAGUCUCGCAUAUGCCAGAAGCUGUGGCCGGAUUUGUAUCGUUGGCUUUGGAUUCUAAAAUAUCCCUACGUCUUGCGCAGUGAUACUGGACGUGCUAGAAGAAAUGAGGUAAGAACCGCAUCUUCAUCUUCACGGCGCAGUAAACCGAGUAAACGAGCAGCUGGAUGGACGAACACAACUCCUCCAGAAGCUGAAGAUAAGGAACAAAGAGAACGACAACGACCUACUUUGCUGCAAGAUGAGCAGGACGAUAGUAUCAGGACGAGGAACCAGUCCAAAACGUCAUCCACUUCUGGCACUAGAAAAAAUGACUCCGGACGAAAAGAGCAACAAAUAUCCUCGCGCUCGUCUGAGCUUCUGACUCAUAUCGUGAGUGGUAACGCUACUGCGGCUUUUUUAGAUCAGUGGCGAAUGGCAGAGUCUCCCCACACAGGACCCCUGAUCGAAGAAGUCGAGAAAGAAACUGUGCCUUCAAAAGAGCCGAAAAUUCGGAAAUGUGAGAAGCAUCGGCUCCACGUAAUAGGACCGAGUGCUGUACUUAAUGCGCCCACGGGUUCUACUGAUGAAGAAAUACGCGUACAGAGUGGCGUACUAGAUGAAGGCGGCUGUGAACAAGAGGAUAUCAUCGACUCGUCGUGCUGGUCCGAUGAGCCACCUCCUAUGAUUUCUGCAUGCGAUUUGGAUAUUCGGAGCAGUAUGGAUUUGAAUGCACAUCAAUCGUGCUUGCAGCUGCUGCUCGCGAUGGCACGACUGUAUCGAGAAGGAAUACGUCAAAGCUGUUGCCGAUUUUUCAAUCCUGACCAGCUACUCGUUGUGGCUCGUCUCUACGCUAGCGUUCAGGAGUUCGAACUUUUGGGCAAGCAAAUCGAGACGCUCUUGGAAGACGCGGAGAGGGUGAAAGCUUCUUGCGCGACAAAAGAUUAGCCGUGUCCUAGUAGAACUAGACACCAGAGGUGGAUAAGCAGGACGACCACACUAGCAUGAUAGUGAUGACAUUAUUCUUGACUCAAGUAAUUUAUGAAAGCACAAAUAUCACUACCCAUCACUAUAAUUGGUCCGGUUCCCCCGAUCCCUGUUAUCAUGAUUUUCGUCAAGCUGAACAAACACAUCGCGACAUCUGCAAGGCCAAGCACGUAGCAGAUCAGCUGGAUGGCUUUUUUUCCUCUAGCGUAGCCCUCGUCUGUUGUUGUUGUAAUUAUUGACUUAUACGUCAAUAGAAGUUUGGUGACUGAGACAACUGAGCAGUAGAGUGAAAUCCACGAGCAGGGGGUGGCUUGUCGCUAAGUAGUUCAUCACCUCGUGGCAUGUUUUUUCCUCUGCCUGUCUGAUCCUUGUGAAACGUUCUGCGCCCCAUGUGGUGGCCAGAGACUUUCCCUGAAGUCUCCCGAUCCCCAAUCCCAAUGAGAAGUAUGCUGAGGGAUGAAGCUGCAAUAACGUGUCUGUGCCGAGCGUGUGCACGAUCAUUGAAAAGGUGACUUCCCCU